AGUCUGUGUUUGGUUGCCCAUCACCCACCCUGAACGUCAGGUGUGCGUGCUGAGGGUUGGCGGCAGUUGCUUCACGAACUGUUCAGUUCAAAUGCACUUUUUAGAGCUGUCAGCUGAUCACUGGCAGCAUCGCUGGGACCGUGCCGAGCCUUUACCUUUUCACUGUCAGGUGGCCUAGGUUAUUGUAGAAACUGGCAGGUUGGCAAGGCUGCGCCUGGAUCCUUGGCUCAUGUUGCAGAGACUUGAGGUUUGACCCUGUUCUCUGUUUCCUUUCAGGUCCGUGGCUUUGGGGAGGGGCUGCACGUGGCCCCCCGCCCCAGGGAUGGGAGCGGAGAGCAGCGCUCUGAAGAGCUGUGCGCUGAAGGGGCCCCCGGUCACACUGCCCUCAGGACUAGCCGUGUUCCCCGCCGAGCUGCAGGAUGGCAGAGUCGCGUCGGUGUUUGUGUACAAGAGAGAAAACGAAGACAAAGUCAACAAGGCUGCCAAGCACCUGAAGACACUCCGGCACCCCUGCUUGCUGAGAUUCUUAUCUUGCACGGUGGAGGCAGAUGGCAUUCAUCUGGUCACUGAGCGAGUGCAGCCUCUGGAAGUGGCCUUAGAAACACUGUCCUUCCCUGAGGUCUGUGCCGGGAUCUACGACAUCCUGCUGGCUCUGAUCUUCCUUCAUGACAGAGGCCACCUAACGCAUAACAACGUCUGCCUGUCCUCUGUGUUUGUGAGUGAAGACGGGCACUGGAAGCUGGGAGGGAUGGAGACAGUCUGCCGAGUCCCGCAGGCCACCCCGGAGUUUCUGCGGAGCAUUCAGUCAGUGAGAGACCCGGCUUGUAUCCCUCCUGAAGAGACGGCUCCAGAAUUCACGACUCUGCCAGAGUUGCACGGGCACGCACGGGACGCCUACGCCUUUGGGAUGCUGGUGGAAAGGCUGCUCACGGACAUGAAGGGACAGGCAGACACUCUCCUCAGCUUCCGACAGGCCUUGCACUCAGCUCUGCUGAACCCCAUCCCACAGCGUCGGCCAGCGCUCUGCACCUUACUGUCCCAUGACUUCUUCAGGAAUGAUUUUCUAGAAGUUGUGAAUUUCUUGAAAAGUUUAACAAUGAAGAGUGAAGAGGAAAAAACUGAAUUCUUUAAGUUUCUGCUGGACAGACUCAGCUGCUUGUCGGAGGAGCUGAUCGCCUCACGGCUGGUGCCUCUGCUGCUGAAUCAGCUGGUGUUUGCAGAGCCAGUGGCUGUGAAGAGUUUCCUCCCUCAUCUGCUUGGCCCCAAAAAAGACGAUGGGCCCGAAGAGACCCCGCGCCUGCUGUCCCCGGCCCUGUUCCGCUCGCGGGUGGUCCCCGUGCUGCUGCAGCUGUUCGAGGUGCACGAGGAGCACGUGCGCACGGUGCUGCUGUCUCACCUGGAGGCCUACGUGGAGCACUUCACUCCGGAGCAGCUGAGGAUCGUCAUCCUGCCGCAGGUGUUACUGGGCCUGCGUGAUACCAGCAGCUCCAUGGUGGCGAUCACGCUUCACAGCCUGGCUGUGCUGGUCUCCCUACUUGGACCAGAGGUGGUUGUGGGAGGACAGAGAACCAAGGUCUUCAAACGCACUGCCCCCAGUUUUACAAAAACUACUGACCUUUCCCCAGAAGCUUCUCCCACGCAUGUGGCCUGCAGCCAGCACAGGCAGCCCUCCCCCGGCUUGGAGAACCCCUCCAGGGUGUUCCCUAAAGGGUUCUUUCCUCACGACCGGCCCAUCGGCAGCAAGAAGCACAAACAGCAAGAUUCCUACACCACUCUUCCCCAGACAGCAUUUUCCAAAUUGUCUCAGAGCAAUAGCUCUGGGAGAGGACAGGUGUCGUGGUUCAGGAAGCCCGGGGAAAGGCUGGUCGUCACUGCACAGACUUCUCCGUGCCCUGAGCACAAAGGCAACUGCUCAAGGGAAGGUGAUCGAUUUUCUCAGCCCAGGACAUUUCCCAUGAAUGGACUUUCAGACGCAAAAAAUACCUCAGGUGACAGUGAAAACUUCCUGCCAAGUCCCCAAGUGGAGGAGUGGCCCGACUGGAGCGAGCCCGGGGAGCCUGAAGGUAGAACUGUCAGCACACAGGUGUGGCCUCCAGAGCCUGCCAGGUCCCCACUCACGGACUUGAAGGUGGUGGAGACGUGGGAUGACCUUAAGCACAGCAGCCUCAGCGAUGCAGUGAGCCCAGGAGGUGGAAGCUCUGGUACCUCGGGGGAGCACAAGGCCAUUCCCACUUCUCUUCUGCUCACAGAGGAGGCCAAGCCUUUGGCAUCAAGGCAACCCCAAAAGACCAGUCCUAGCCCAGCCCAGCCCCCAAAAGUAUCAUCACGAGAAAGGCGCCCUCAGGUUCCAUCAGAACUUGGUUUAGGAGAGGAGUUCACCAUUCAAGUGAAAAAGAAGCUAGCGCAGGACCCUGAGUUGGACUGGUUUGCUGACAUGAUCCCCGAAAUUAAGCCUUCGGGUGCUAUUCUUGUUCUACCUGACCUGAGGACAGAAACGGUGAUCCCCAACGCGGAUGGUAUCUCACCAGGGAUGCAGUUUUCCUCAAAAUUUGCUGCAGCAGAUAUGACUGAGGCGGAGUCUGAAGGCUGGGGAGAUGCCGGGGAGCUGAACUGGGGAGACAGCAGCUGGUGACAAUGGCUGAGCUUUUCCAGUCUGUGCCAAGGAAGCGAGAGACCCUGGGUGUGGCCCUCAGCUGGGGGAAGAGCCUGUGCCUCCAAGGCCGGGUCAUUCUGGAAGUAAAGGAAAUAAAUGCAAGACCUUCCAACUGAUUAGCUUAAUUUUGUGCCAUUUCUUUUACCGGUGAGAAGAGUGAGCUCUAUUAUGAAAUGCAACACCUGGAAAACAUUUUACUAUGAAGGACGUAAAUGACUUUAAAUUGCUAAGGUUUCCUUCGGCAGCUUAUUUAUUUGUUUACAGUUAUUCCCACAUAUAUUAUGUGGACCAAAGUUCUUCAUGAGAAAUAUUCCCCAAAAUCCUGUUCUCUAAACAUCCAAUAAAGACUAUUUUCACUAGAUGCAACUUUACAAAAGUUGUUUUGUGUUAGAAAAUAUAUAGACAUAAUUUACAUAAAUAUUUUCACUUACAAACUACAUUGUAGAAUGAUAGUCAUACUCAGUUCUGUCUAGCGAUGGUCUGGUCCGGUCCAUUCAAGUUUCAUCCUGGAGCCCGCGGCGUUUCAGCUCAUCAAUCUUUUCCUGGAGCAGCUGCAUUUCUGUGGGGAGCCAGUCGGGAGCAGGGGACUUCUGGAGCAGUACCUCGAUUGCCUCCAGGGCCCCCGUUGCGGCCUGAAGUGCUGACCUGUACUCUUCCUCCACAGGGGGCUCGUGGCGGGCUCUUUUAGCACAAGGCUGGCAAACGAGAAAGACAGUGAGAAUGUCCUACCUGUUCUAAAAACUACCAAGAACUUUGUUGCGGACUAGAACAAAGCUGCUUAGAACAAGUUCUAAAACUAUGAAAAGCUGCAUGUGCAAAUGUUACUCUAGUCAUUGGUUCACAAGAGCAGCACCACCACCAUCCCCUGGAAAGACGCGCAGGUGUUUGUCUGUCACAGUGACGCAGAGCUGACACCUCCCCUCCAGCACUUCAGUGAGUGAGCUCUAGACACACCCAACAUGUCCUACCAAAAAGCCCAUUUGGAUUUAUGCUUCCUUCCAUGUUUAAUGCCGAGUUUAUAACUACCGCCCAGGAAAGAGGGGUUGAGGGCCCCCUUAUGCUACUGAUAGGAUAUUUAACUUUACAGACUUCAGGCAUAAAAGUCUUGAAAACAAGUUAUUAAAACUUACAAGAACAUUGUUCUUGUGGAUUGCAAUUCCUAAUAUACUGUCAGUACUCAAAAAACAAACCAAAAAAACCAUUUUAAAUAUCCCUAGUGGAUAUUUAAUAAUAGGCAGAUGUGAUUUUGAGGCACUGCCAAAAAUUAUUAGGCUGAUUUAAAGAAUGAGGCAGGGUAUCUGGUAGAUAAACAUUCUGGAAGGUAAGUUCUCUGGUUUUCCUCUCUGGGUCACAAACUGGGAAAGGGGCAGCUACAGGUAACAGGUGUGUCAACAGUGUAUUUGGUAUGAUGUUCAAAGCUUACUCUUGUAGUCCUGUUUUUAGGUGUUCAUAACUUUUUAGGGGGAAAAAUGAUUUUUUAGAGAGCAUCUAGCAUAAAACAGAAUUUUACAUGUCUAGAUCUACUUAUUUUUAUAUGCAACAUGAGAACAAGAACCAUACUAGUUUGUUUUGCUUACUCGUUAAGUACUAAGAGCAGACUUUCUCUUACAAAAAAAGCUUGAACCAUAUUGUAAUGCAAUAGUCCAUACCUGUGAAGAUGACCACUUUGCUUCUUCUAACGUAACUGUUGCCAAGGAUCCCCAGAAAAUCCCUUUUUCCUGUUUCACACGCUCCACUCUAGCAGCUACCGUCUCGUCUGCAAAUCCCGUCUGCAGAGAUCAUGAAAGUCCGUGUGAUAAGACUGCUCCCGGUGUUAGGUAGCCUGUGGUUUAACUAUUAUUCUCUUAUGCUUCACCUAACACGGUCCCCAUGAAAGUGACAAAGGAUGCACAGAUGUGGGAGCUGUAGGAUUGAGUAAAACUAAAAAGUCUGUGUCCUGGUCUGUCAGUGCAGAGAAGCCGUGCCUCAGUUACAUCCGAACCACAGUGGUGCACAUUAGCAUCUAAUCACGGUCACUAAACAGGGUCCUCACUGCUACAGACAGUGGCUCCACGUGUCUGACUUCUGUGAUGUGUCACCACUGUGCAAAAGGUGAAGCUAGGGAGAGAACCUGUUUAAAAAGUCACCCGAUAAAGAACAGUGACACCAUUGUUUUGAUUCUGUGUAAAAUAAAAUAAAUACCUUCUCCAGAAAGGA